UUCUUCUUUUUUUCCCAUCCUCCAUCAUCUCUCUCCUCCACCUCUCUCCAUCAGUCCCUUCCUUUUCUUUUCAGUUUAUCAUCAUGGAGAACGAGUCGCUGAUCUUCUGGGAUGGGCAGGGCAGCUCCCAGAAUACAAUCUGAAACUCUGAGACCUCUCACUCUGCUGCAGGAUUACUACACAUUACCUACAGUUAGACUUCAGUAACAACCUCACCGUUUACUGUAAAACUACUGUGGACUCUGUUCAUCCUACGAGAGGAAACUACAACAUCUGAGGAAACUACUUCAUCUGCUGCAGAAACAACUCACUCUGACACUACUGUCACUACACACAGGAUUACAACAGUCCACCAGAGGUCCAACCAAUCAGAACCCAACCAGAGAUACAAGAACCUGGCACCUCAGGCUGGACCAGAACCAGAAGCCAAACCAGUACCGGACCAGUAAGCCAGUCAGACUCUGUAGAGUGGAUCAGACCAGGCCAGGACAGACCAGAAGAGACCAGUAGAAAUCAGUAAAGGCCAUUGGAAAAGUUUGAUGGGACUGCUGACGAUAGCCACAUGCCUCUGAGUCCGGCUGCUGACACCAAACAUGAUCGCCCGCGGCAACAGGCGGUUACUAACGGCAACCCGACAGGCUCUGCUGUUGCCAGGGACGAGGACGCGGAUGACACGCCCCCUGGAAACAGCAUUGUCGUCCGCAUCGGCAUCCCGGACCUGCAGCAGACGAAGUGUUUGCGGUUGGACCCAGAGUUACCAGUUUGGACCAGUAAGCAGAGGGUUCUGGUGACGUUGACUCAGUCUCUGUCGGAUGUUUUGAACUAUGGUCUCUUCCAGCCGGCGUUCAACGGCCGAGCCGGAAAGUUUCUGGACGAGGAGCGGCUGCUGAAGGAGUAUCCUCUCCCUCCCAUCACGCCCAUCCCAUACCUGGAGUUUCGUUAUAAGAGGAGAGUUUACACGCAGAGCUACGUGGACGAUAAGCAGCUGGCCAAGCUGCACACCAAGGCCAACCUAAAGCGCUUUAUGGAACAUGUUCAUCAGAAGAAUGUGGAGAAGGUUUCCAAAUGGUUGGAGAAGGGCCUGGACCCCAACUUCCAUGACUCAGACACCGGUGAGUGUCCUCUGACUCUGGCGGUCCAGCUGGAGGAGAGCUGUGACCUGAUUAAAGUCCUCCGCAGUGGAGGAGCUCACCUGGACUUCAGGACCAGAGACGGUAUCACCGCUCUGCACCGGGCCGUCCUCUGCAGGAACAGCGCUUCUCUCACUACUCUGCUGGACCUUGGAGCGUCUCCGGACUACAAGGACAGCAGAGGUCUAACUCCUCUCUAUCACUCUGCCAUGGUGGGCGGCGCCCCCUACUGCUGCGAGCUGCUGCUGCAGGACCACGCCACCAUCGGGAUGACUGAUGAGAAUGGGUGGCAGGAAAUUCACCAGGCAUGUCGCUAUGGUAACGUGCAGCACUUGGAGCACCUGCUGUUCUACGGAGCUGACAUGAGUUCCCAGAAUGCAUCGGGAAACACCGCUCUGCACCUCUGUGCUCUAUACAACCAGGACAGCUGCGCCAGAGUGCUGCUGUUCAGAGGGGCAAAUAAAGACAUCAAAAACUACAACAACCAGACUGCCUUUCAGGUGGCAAUAAUUGCUGGGAACUUUGAACUUGCAGAAAUCAUUAAGAUCCACAAAACCUCUGACGUUGUUCCCUUUAGAGAAACUCCAUCCUACACAAAGCGCCGCAGAGCCGGCGUGAGCAGGACGGCGGCUGGAAAUGGUCUGGCUUCACCGCGCUCCCUGAUUCGCUCAGCUAGUGACAACGCUCUGGAAAGCCCCGCCUCCUCUCCUGGCCCCUCCCUCCAAAGCCUGGAAACGCACCACGACACGCACACACAUUCGCUACGACGACACACACGCCGCCUCAGCCCGAGUGGCGGAGGUCAUGUGGAGACCAGUCCCCCCUCCUCCCCUCCUCUAACCCCUCAAAUGAGGAAGAGGAGGCUGUACAGCGCCGUACCAGGACGCACCUUCAUCGCUACCCGGUCCCACGUCCCCCAGGGGACCGGAGAGAUCCAGCUGCACCGAGGAGAGAGGGUCAAAGUUCUGUCAAUAGGUGAAGGAGGAUUCUGGGAAGGAAGUGUUAAAGGAAGGACGGGAUGGUUUCCUGCUGACUGUGUUGAAGAAGUCCAGAUGAGACAAUAUGACCCACGACUGGAGACGAGAGAGGACCGCACCAAGCGACUGUUCAGACAUUAUACUGUAGGAUCUUAUGACAACUACACCUCCUACAGUGACUAUGUGAUCGAGGAGAAAACCGCCGUGCUGCAGAAGAGAGAGAGCGAAGGAUUCGGCUUUGUCCUCAGAGGAGCUAAAGCUGAGACCCCCAUCGAGGAGUUCGCCCCCACCCCUGCGUUCCCCGCCCUCCAGUACCUGGAGUCAGUGGACCAGGGGGGCGUGGCUUGGAGGGCGGGGCUACGGACUGGAGACUUCCUCAUAGAGGUGAACGGCAAUGAUGUGGUGAAGGUGGGUCACCGGCAGGUCGUCUCUCUGAUCCGUCAGGGUGGAAGUCGACUGCUGAUGAAGGUCGUAUCUGUUUCCAGGAAAUCUGAAUCCAACCUGAUCAGGAAGAAAGCUCCGCCCCCUCCAAAACGAGCCCCCAGCACCUCAUUGACACUCCGAUCCAAGUCCAUGACUGCUGACCUGGAGGACAUAGAGAAACUGGAUGAGAUGUUGGCCGGGGGUCAACAGGAAGUCGUUCUGAGGGGUCGACCGUCAGACGACUUCAGAGCGGCGACAGUGAAACAGAGACCGACCAGCCGCCGAAUCACACAAGCUGAGAUUAACUCGUUGUUCGAGCGUCAGGGUCUGGUGCCCCCCUCAGCUCCAGAGAAAAGCACCAUGGCUUUACCCCGAGGGAUGUCCAGGACCAAGAGCUUCGGCACACCUGAGGACGACAGGAUCUCAGCGCUGAUCAAUGAAAGUCGGUUUCCACGGAGCUCCUCACUGACAGACAGCUUCAUCCCUCCUCCUCCUCAGACAGCUCCACCCCCUCCUCCUUCCGCCUCCGCUUCCAGCACCUCAAUCUUCAUCCUCGACUCUGGCCCUCCCCCAUCCUUCCUCCCGCCUCCUCCCCCGGCCAGAGGGGACGGUCUAACCCGCUCCAGCUUUAAGCCGGGGGCGGAGCCGAGGCUCCAGGAGCUCUCCGAUUCACCGACGAGGAGCCACGCCCACGCUGAGCGUCAGAGGAAGGCGAGGUCCAUGAUUAUCCUGCAGGACACGCCACCGCAGCUGCAACCUGAUGCGCACACUGCCGCCGCCGCCGCCACGCACACGCUGCACACCGCCACGCACACUGCCACGCACACGCUUCACACCGCCACACACACCUCCACGCUGUCUCUCCACAGCACCAGCCCCGCCCUUGGCCACUCACCACUGUCACGCCGCCGGGGACGACCAAUAGAAAACCCCUAUGCUAACGUGGGACAGCAGGCUGCACCCUCCAAGCCACAGAGGAGGAAGUCACCUUUGUUGAAACAACUUCCUGUAGAGGAGCAGGGACUUGGAAUCAAAGAUCAUGAUUUGUUGAAAGUAGACGGAGGUGGACCCAGCAGCCCCAGUAGGGCGGAGCUGUACCAGCAGCAGGUCCUUUCAGAGCGCGCUCGGGUUCAGGGUCGCCGGUCAUCUCUCUUCCUGUCUGUAGAGGGAGCCGGAUCAGAAAACCAAGUGCCGCCCCUGCUGACUCAGAGCCAUUCGAUGGACGACCUCGGCGAGCUUCCCCCUCCUGCCCCGGUCCUGUCACCCUCACCAACGCCUCACACCUUCCUCCACCCAUUGACUGGGAAGCCUCUAGACCCCUCAUCUCCCCUCGCCCUGGCUCUUGCUGCACGAGAACGAGCGCUAACUGCCCGCACGCCAAGCCCAGAGCCUCGACUUAAACAUGUAUCUGCCUCCACCACACCCAUACCCACCCCAGCUGCCAGCCCCGAGGGCAGACAUAAGCGCACUCCUAUCACCACCCCGCAGAGCAGCCCAGAGCCACGGUCCAAACGCACUACCCCUCAGACGAGCCCCGAGCAGCGAACCAAGCGCACCACUCCUCAGACCAGUCCUGAACUGAGGCAUAAACGCAUAACCCCGCCCUUGUUCCCUGACGGACAGGUGGAGCGUCCUGAAACAGAGGGAGGAGUGACAUCACCUGCUGCCCCCUCCCCUGAACGCUGGAGACCCACCCCCUUGCCAACACUGGCCAAUGAGACUCAUGCUUUGAUUGACAGGCGGAGAAGCCUCACAGUGGGCAGCUCAGAGGAGGAGGGCGGGGCUUACACAGUUACACUCCCACCGGCGUUGUUGUCGUCCAGUGAUGAGGAGACUAGAGAGGAGCUUCGCAGAAUCGGCCUGGUAACUCCACCUGCUGCCUUUGCCAGCCCUCCCGCCCCUCCUCCCCCAUCCUCCCUCACCUUGUUGCCUCGGCGGGGCGGGGAGGGAGGGGGAGGAGAGGGCGGUCCUGACUCCCUGGGUAGGCGUGGUGAUGAGGAGGAAGGAGGUGACGAACGGCUCCUCGACAGCUCCUCCUCCCCCAGUUCCCUCCCUCCCUCCAUAACCUUGGCCUCCCCUCCUGCUCCAACCUCCCCCUCCUCUCCUCCUGCUGCUCACCCGUCACCCUCCUCCCCCUCCACCUCCCCAUCUGCUCUUAAGCCACGCCUUCGUUCACCCAUCGGUAGGGGCCGCUCUGCACUGCGGGACCCGCUGCUGAAGCAAUCAUCAGACAGUGAGCUCCUCCCGUCUGCUGCAUCCUGCUCCUCCCCCUCCUCACCGCUCUGUUCCUCCCCCACCAGUGGUGGACGGCAGCCACGCUAUCUGUUCCAGAGGAGGUCCAAGCUGUGGGGGGGCGGAGACGACCGUGAUGAGCGGCGGAGCUUCAGCCCAGAUGACGGGGGACGUCCAGCAGCACUAGGAGGUCAGGGGUCAGGGUCAGCUGUGGAUCUGACCAGCCGGUCGGCAUCAGCUCUGGAGCUGAGCGGCAGGGCGGGGUCCGGACUGGAUCUGGCUAAUCGGCUACAGCUGCUCAACAAAGACAGUCACUCUCUGGGGGAGGAGCCGAGUCCCCUCGAUCCGGGCCGGAGGUCACCAGUAGGAGGUGCCAGAUAUGUGGACAAUGGAGAGAGUAAAUCGUUGUUCUCCAGUCUUGGUGAACUCCACACUAUCUCCCAGCGAGGAUACGGAGCCAGCUAUACAGUCCGACCAGGAAGCCGCUACCCCGUCACCCGCCGGAGCCCCUCCCCCUCUCCCUCCCCAUCUGAUAGGUCAAUAGGGCUUCCCUCCUCCACCGCCCCCUGCUCUGAAAGGCCAGAUCUGAGCUCGGGUCGAGGUCUAACCAUCCUGAAGUCGUCCAGUCUCAGCCUCCCCUCAGAACCAAAAGAGGUUCGGUUUGUGAUGCGAAGCGCCAGUGCACGAACCAGGUCCCGUUCACCCUCACCUUCACCACACGCCUCUCCCUGCCCGUCCCCGGUCCUUAGCGGGCCCCUGUUGGCCCUUCGGCCAUGGAGGCAGCGGCCCCUCAACCUGUGGAAUAAAUAUGACGUGGGGGACUGGCUGGAGAGCGUGGGCCUGGCCGAACACCGCCAGCGCUUCCAGGAGCACGAGAUUGAAGGCUCCCAUCUCCCCGCCCUCACCAAGGAGGACUACGUGGAGUUGGGCGUCACCAGACUGGGACACCGAAUCAACAUCGAGAGGGCUCUCAGACAGCUGCUGGAUGGUUCCACUUGACCCCUCACCUCUGACCACUAACCUCUAGACAUCCUGAACUGUGACCUCAUAACCUCUGACCUCUGGUCAGACACUAGGCCAUCUCUUUGAUUAGGAUAUCUUAGCAGUGACUGAAUCUUUAGACCUUUUUACCAACGUUGAGCCCUCUCUGAGUGAUCUCGCUGACGUUUUGGCUUAUCAGCUCUUUGAUCGACCCGAACAGACGGGUACCACUGAGGUCUGUGUCCAGUAUUUAUCUUUUUAAAGGUAAAAAGAAGUAACAGUUAACCACCAAGCUUUGUCUGACUUGACAACCAGGCUGCCUUAGAUCCAGUGUGUUCUCUUCAGUUUAAAGCCUUCUGGCAGAUUUCUUACCAACAGUUCAAGUCCAACAACGCACAGAGCAUAGCCAUCAUUUCCAAUGGAGAGAACAGCUGCAGGAGCCAUAACGGUGUGCACUGCUCUUAUUUUCCACCAGGUUUUGCAGUGAAAGAUUAAUUACAUUGGACUUUACCUCCAAAUAUACCAACCACCCCAACGCAAAAAUUUGAUUCGGGCAUUGACCUGAGAGUCAAGGAGGAGACAAUUUUUGGUUCUUACUUUAUACUACUAAUAUAAUGACCAAAAUAUGAAAAAACCUUAAAGUAGAAAGUUAAAGACUCACAUUUGAUCCAUAUUCAUCAAUUUUUUAGGUUUCUAGGCAGAGUCUUUGUCGUACAGAGCUGGUCCUGCAUCGGUGUUCGACAAAUUCAUGUACAUUUUGAUCUACAAGAAUAGAGUGCAUCAGGGAUGACAGGUUUUUGUAGGCCAAAGCAGAAGUUAACAUCACCCUGGUUCCCUCAACAAAAAGCCGACGGGAUUUCUCCAUUGGAUUUUGGAUUAUUGCAGAAAAUAAUCUCUGUGGCAAACAAAUGUCCACGAUACUUGCACGUUGUGUUGCACACCACUUCAUGAUUUUGACUAAAGCAAAAAGUAAACAUCACGCUAUAAAUGAACUACACUGCUGCUACAUGACUUAACGUCGCCACCGUGACAAGGCUGUGAAGCCGUGUUUGGUGUGAUGAUGUGUAGUCUCAUUUAGCCACUUUAUAACAACUGAACCGCCUUUUUUAAGACACCUAAAGGCCUUAAAAUUCAUGAGUGGGGUAUUUAAUGACGUAUUUUUUUGUCAUAGAACAAAAUGUGAAAGUCUGUUUAGAACAUGUUAACCACAGACUUUAUUUCAGGCAACUAACCAACAAUCAAUUGACUUUGAGUCGAGGGAACUGGGAGCGCUAACGUGCCGACUCAACUGGUGCCAAAAUGGCUUCACGGCCAGUUACAUUAAAAUAAAAUCCAAUGUUUUCUCUUAAGUUACGCUGACUGAGCUAAUGAAUUGAACUUUGACUCAACGAACAAUCUGAAGUUAUUAGUUUUACCAUUAUAAAAGAAAACAAGCAAAUUUUCAUAUUUGAGAAGUCAUCUGUGAAUUUUCAGUUCAGCAAUCAAUAUUUUUCUUUUUACUGUCAGUCAACUAGUUGAUUAACCAAUUAACUGUUUAAGCUUCAAUGUAAUGUUUUUAGCUAAUUUUGCAUUUCUAGAAUUUGCGUCAACUCACUUAACAAUAAGACUGCAACGCUUACUUUCAUCGUCAAUUAAUCCGUCGAUUAUUUUCGUAAUUAAUCGAUAAGUUGUUUGGUCUAUAAAAUGUCAGAAAACGAUAAAAAAAUAUCGAUCAGUGUUCCCCAAAGCCCAACAUGACGUCCUCAAAUGUCUUGUUUUGUCUAAAGAUAUUCAGUUUAUGAUCAUAGAGCAGGAAAGGAAGCAGAAAAUAGUCACAUUUAAGAAGCUGGAAUCAUAAAGUUUUGAUUUCUUUUGUUUAAAAAUAACUCACACCAAUUAAUCGAUUCUCAAAUUAGUUGGCGAUGAAUUUAAUUUAUGACAAUUAAUGGAUUAAUCAUUGCAGCUCUACUCUCCAAAGAAUUGGAGAAAUUUCACCUACAGUUGCUAACAUUCUGUGCUAGCUAGCAAAUGUUCUGUACUAGCUAGCGAACGUUCUGUGCUAGCUAGCAGCCUAAUUUGUAAGCGAGUGAAUUGUUUUCGAAUACUGACGUAAUGUAGCUGUUAAACAGUUUGUUUGUUUGUUUUAUUUCAAUCACCAGAAAAAAAUUAAUUGGAAUACCUGCGUUUUGACUAAAGCUAGCUCAUAGCAUCCACACAGUGCUCUACAGCAUCCCGUUAGCAUACGGAGCUAAUCACAGCUGGACACAGAGCUUCACUGCUAAUCUCAACAGGUGAUCAAAGAGCUGAUCUGACAAACUGAUUACAAAUAUAACGAGACGGGUUCUUUUCCUCGUGCCAUUCUGCUUCCCCAGACGAGUUUAGCUGAACUUUUUGCUGGCAGAGCUGGACGAUUAGCGAGCUACUGGGAGUCUCUACCUUAACAACAACAAUGGGAGAUUAGCUGAGGAUAUUUCUCCGUCUUUUCUUGUGACUUUUUUUUUUUUUUCAAAUAUCACUCAUGAAGAAUUUGUGUUUAUUUUGAGUUCAUAUCUUAACGCCGAUCAUUUAGAAUUUAUGAAUAACAAGUAAUAAUAAUGUGGUGGUGAUGACUUACAGAGUUUAUAAUAGUUUGGAAAAUGAUUUUGAGUUCCUUAUGAUUUGACAAUGAGUUGAAUUUCAAGGUCGUUCUCGGUUUUGAGAUUCAUAAUGAUUUGUCAAUGAGUGUGACUUUGUGCUGAUGUGCUGUGUGUUUCAGGGAGAGCUGCAGCGGAGCUCCAACUGUAAACCUCUCUGGUUUCUAACCUGCUUAUCGAGGGCUUACUGUACAUGGUGCUAUCUGUUUAAAGCCAUCUGUACAGAGUAUACCUUUCCUCUUCCCCUCCUAUACCGUCCCUACACACUGACACACAAAACUCUUAUCUUAACCCCCCUUAACUCUGUCAAUCCUAAAUUAAUCAACCGAGUGUGGCUGUACCUGCCAUGACCAUCUCACAGUAAUGGUGACUCGCCAGGAACAGGCCAUAUAUGGAGUUUCCUCCCUGCCAUAUUGGGGAUUUCGUCCCUGCCAUACGUGGAGUUUCCUCCAGACCAUAUAUAGAGUUUCCCAGGGGCCGUAAAUAGAGUUUAAAACAGACCAAUUACAGUUUACGGUGUGAUCACAUCAAGUCACAAAAUCUGUGUUUAUGAGUUAAAAAGUGGUCACACCAAAUUUCAUUUCAAUGACAAAGGGUGUGAGUCGUAUUUACUUCUAGUUGCACGUUGAUCCCGCCUCACAAAAGAGCCCAAUUUGAUUGGUUCUCCAGUGUCCAGCCAAUUUCAUAGUGAAGGUGGAACUGGACGCCUAAUUUGGGAAGUACUCUCUAUUAUAUAUCUCUGCACAGUGAAAUACUGCGAGUGUCAGAGAACAACAAAUGCUGCUUGGUUCAACAAUAGCUAUAGAAGUUGAUGACAUUUAAGUCCUGCACAGGUCUGAUUUAAAGACCGACAGUUCCAAACAGGAACCACGAUGUGCAUUACCACACCCGCUCCACCACCCGCACAUACGACCAAAAAGUUCCACCAACACAAGAUCCACAGCCCGACCCAAAACCAAAAACCCUACAAUAACUGUGUGCUGUUGGAAUAAUUUCUUUAGGCAGCACGUGUAAAGUGAUUAUUUUGGGAUGUUUCAUACAUGUGAAACUAAGAUAUUAUAUUUUAAAACAGAGGUAAUUUAGAAAAUAAUAUUUAAAUGACUAUUUUUGGCUUAUUCUCUUAAUAUUGAGCAGCACAUCUGCACAGUUAACGUGCCUGUUAGUAACACACCUGACUGAUGUGCCUCUCAUAUUCUAACAGAGCCGACACACGAAGUCAGAGGAUUAAAACAUUAAAAUAUUCCUAUUUUCAUUUUAUUUUUAUAUAUUGAUCAUAUGAUGCCCACAAUCCGACCUGCACGUUCUGUUUUUUUCCACCCAAAACUGAACCUUAGUAAAUUUAAGACCACCCACGAAUCACCUUUUUUGUGCGGGUCAUUUGACGCAUAUCCAGAUACAUGAGCCGAUGGAGGACUCUGUAGUUCAGAGGGGCCGGGCGACAUGGCCACAUUUAUUUAUUUUAAGCAUCAAAAUGCAGAAAGGCUAAAACCUGAUUGAAACAUACUCUGAAGGUUAUCAGUUGCAGGAUUAACUAUAUAUAAAGAUGGACGACAUGUCUUCAGCUUCUGCCUACUGCACCAAAGUGAAGCCAAAAUAUCCCGGAUACAGCUGCUGCCAUCUGGCAUUAGUGAAGUCAUUUGGAACCAGAGUCUGUGCAGUAGUAUUGAGUAUUGAGUUGUGCAGUAUUGAGUUCCCACCCAUUCAUCUGGCCGACCCAACUGCAAGUAGCGCCAUUGAUCCUGAGCACACACGACACACACAGCUGUCAAUCAGGACAUCAGACCCCCUUUUAUAGCAUCAAAUAACAAAUUAAAACCAAAGUUGUCAGAAAAAUGAACAAACAUCAGUGUGAUGAGAGCUGCGUAAAAUCCUCUUUGGGGAACAUUUACUUCACGUGUACUUUGAGAUUGUAGUCUGGCCCCAUCUGUCCCGUCUCCAAACAUGGAGGGGGCAGGCUUUAUGACCAAUACUGCAGCCAGCCACCAGGGGGCGAUCCAGAUGUUAUGGCUUCACUUUUGCAGAGCUGUCCAGGCUGCCAUGAAGUGCACCAGGCAUUGAAGCCAAUUUUAUAUAGUGGCUAAGCAUGGAAUUACAACUUCCUGGUCCAUCACGGAAUACCGCUGGGCCUGAAAAAGACUUUUUCCCAUAGAUGUGAAAGAGACGUCUGUAAAUUAGCGUAUACAUUUUAUAGAGCAUCACCAACCCUGUGAAAUGACUUGUUCCAUCAUCAGAAUUUGAUCCAUUCAGUCUGAUAACAUUUGGAAAGUCUGGAAGGGCCAUAUGAUUAUAUAAUUUUGUACCCAGUGAAAUUAGCUGAGCGCUAAAUGGAAGUAGCCAGCUCGGCUAGCGUAAGUCUUUAGUGCGUCUGCUGCAUUGUCCCAGAAGAUUCAGGUAAAUCUACACUUGUCCGUUGAAGUUUUCUGGCUUCAUGCGCCGCUGAGCAGCUUCCAUAAGAAUUAAGGGGCUUAGCAUCCAACGCUGUAUCCAGUUCUCUUUAUACAUCCAUGGAGCUGUCAUGUCGUCCAUCUUUAUGUAGCCUACAGUCAUCGAUCCCACAAUAUGCUCCUGCUGUUUGUGUCUCUCAUAUCUGCAGCCUCUUUGUGCACGUCGUUAUAACUUGAUUUUGAACACGUAGACAUUUUGUGCAAACUCAAAACUUCAUCAGAUUUGGAUAUUUUGCCCAGACCUACAAGAUAGCGUUAGAUAAGAUUGAUUUGAUUUACUGUUUUUGGAUUGCUAUUGCGACCCUGCCAGCCAUGCUAGCUGACGCACUUUAUACUUAAAGCCCUGCGCACACGGCACGACUGUCGAGCUUUUCACCACAGUAUGCAAGUAAAGUUCACCUUUCAAAAUCUGGUCUGACUGCACCGUUAAAAACAUUAGUGGACACAACUCUUACAGAAACUGUUCCUGCUUUUGUGAUCUUAAAGAGAGACGGAUGAGACUUAUAUCUGUGUUUCCAGGACGUGUUUAGCUUAGCUUAGCACAAAGACUGGAAGCAGGGGGAAACUGCUAGCUUAGCUUUUCUCUUUAAAAUCAGAAGUUAAUAAUCACAAACUGUUGAUUUUAACUGACGGAGACACUUGUUGUCCUCGUCUUUGCUACACCUCCCUCUUGUCUUAAUAACUUCACACAGCAAACUAAUUUCACACUGCUGUCAAACUACCUAACACGGGAUCGCCCUCUGAAGCACAAUCAACGUUCCAGUGCCUGUUUCCACGACAACAAAUCUACAGCGUUUAUGACGCUUUUUUUUCCCAACUGAAGAACCUGAACACGAGCCAAGACCACAAUCAUGAAUCCCAAAGUUGUACAAGUUCACAGUGCCCUUUAGCACAGAGGUAAAGAAUGUAUAGUCUAUGUACAGCACAUUACAGUAGACUCUAUAGUCUGUUUAAUAUAUAUUAUGGUAGAAUAAUGUAGCUAUAGUGUAAAAUAUAAAGUAUAGUAGACAAUAAAAUGUAUACAGUAAUAGUUUGGUAGACUGUAGUCUAUAAAGGCUUUAGCUGCGUGUGAUAUUCAGUCGUUGUAAACAGACACACAUCAGCUGUUUAUCCUCUAUGAAUCCAAAAGUUUAUAUAUAUUUAAAAAAUAAUAAUAAUUUAACUCAAAACCAACUUGUAUGAUUAAUUAAAUUAUAUCUGAGUUCAUCAUGCUAGUUUGUAGUGUUCUGAGCAAGAGUCUGUUCAGUCUGAUCUGAGCAACACUUCCCCAGAAAGACGUAUAAAAACAGAAAUCAGAUCCCGGCAGCGUGAAUCCAAACCCGUUAACUACAUCUGAAUUCUUUCUAAUCUCUUAUCAGUUCUCGUUAAGUUGAGCUUAAGUAACUAAAGUUCACCGUCUGGCUGUCAGCACUUAACCCCGUAUUUAUUUCAGGUAACUUAGCGUCUCUUAGAACCUUGGUUACGCACGUAACUCCCAAUUGGAGUUGUAGUUUGAAAAGAGAGCUGUGAUUGGGUCACAGUGAUCCUGCGUGCAAACUAAAAACAUCUUCAGGCCCCGAUCAGACAGAGCACUUUUUACAGGAUGAAAAACAUGAGGCGCACCCAUACAAUGUGUAAAAAUAACUGACGUAGCAACCGUGACGUCACCCAUCGAUAUGUUUUGUUUCCUAGGAUGGUGAAAGCAUGACCCACCCUACUCUGAUUGACUUACCCAGAUGUUUUUACCCCUUGUCAGAACCACUGUUACCCGCCAUGCCUAAACCCAACCCACCCAACAGUCAAUGAGUGCUAGCCAAUCAGAGGGAGAGUAGGGCGAGUCAUGCCUUCGCUAUCCUAGGAAAUGCAAAGUCACAUCAUGUUUUCGGCAUUUUGACCGUCGCCAUCUUGUUUUUUUGGAGCCAGAAGUGACCAUAUUUGGAUGAGAGGGUGGAGCUACAGAGGAGCGAGGCGUGGAUCUGACUCGAAGACCUUGUUGAUGCCUCGCAGACGGCCAGACACUCAAAGACUGGCCCGCCUCUCAGUUCAUCCAAUCAGACAAUGAGAAAAACACAACAUCGGGCGCUUUUCUGCUUGAGUUAAAUUUUUUCAGCUUAAGGUGUUCAGGUCGCUCCUGCAAAAACGCCAGGUGUUUAGCAAUACAAACGCAGUGAGCAAAACUUCUAAAAAUGUCUCUGUCUGAUUGGGGCCUUCAGAACGUGGUUUAUAUUUCCACUACACAAUGAAGUUUCACUACGACAAUCAAUUUAUAUGUACUGUCAACAGUCGUAUAGAAUUACGUCGUCUUUUUUACAACGUUAACUCACAGAAAUAUGCGCUUACAAAAAUUUGCUCGGCGAAACAGCUGGAUGAAAAAGCAAAAGUUGAACUAUAGGUUCACAUUUUUUGCCGAACAUGGGAUUUUUGUUGUUUUUGGCAUUUUAUCAAGCCUCAAAAUGCAGCGCGAAUGUCGACCCAACACUAGCGUGAAAUGCGAGUUGUAAUGCCGCCAGUGUUGAAAGCACAUUGGUUAAAACCGAAAAGGACGACUGAAAACAAGCUAACGUCAAGGAACUACAGAGCACCUGUCUGCGCCUUAAAAUGUUACCUCCAUUUGCUAACGUUCUGGGGUAGCUAACAAAUUAGUUUUUUUUAAAGAAUACUAAUGUAAAGCAGCAAAUUUUGUUUUCUGAGUUCAGACAAAUUUAAAUAUUUGAAGCGAGUAAGCUAAUCGGGAUUUGUUAAGUUGCUCCUAAAGUUAGUUAACAUCGUUAAAAGGAUCGAGACAGCUGAUUUAAAGAUGCUCAGGUUGAAGUUUGGGGCGGGCUUGAAGCUAACUAGUUGGUAUGAAGUGCUGUUCGUUCACCUCAAGGCAAAGAAAAGGUGUGUGUAGAUGUUCAGAUGGCGGCAGAAGACUUCUCGCCAUAUAGAAGAGGAUGCAACGAAUCAUACGUAGAAAAGUUCGUACUUGCUCUCCUCCGUAUAUGUAAAUGCUGCUGAUGUAGGCGAGAUUAUCAGGCUGCUGGUUUGGGAAAGUAACAAAAAUAAUCCUAUAUUCAGACUUCAGAUAAGACGGAGAAGUGUCCUGAUGUCCUCAGAGUUUAGAUUAAUUGACCUUCUUGACAUCAUUUAUCUUUAUAACCACAGAAGAAGAAGAGCGUGCUGGUGUGUAGCUGUUCCACAGAGUGAAUAUCACACACAUCACAUACACACUAAAUGUGUAGUAUAUAUUAUAAUGGACUAUAGUCUACUGUACAGAGUCAUCCACAGAGUGAGAUGUGGGCUGUCGCUUUCUCUGCAGUGUAACAGUGAUAAUCAGCGAUGGAGAGGUCAUGUGACCUCGUAACCUCUGACCUCAGGUCCCCCACCCUGUACACUAAUAGAAACAUGAGGUCAUCCACUUGUUGUAGGAUUUCUCAGCCAAUCAGGAACCAGCAAACCUGCUGCUAAAAGUCUCGUCAGUGACGUGACGAUGAAGUGAGGUCGGCGGUGUUCCUCCACCUGGAAAAGUAGUUCCUUUUGUUGUUUUUAUUUUUAGCUGAAGUUCUGCCUUCAAAAUUAAACCAGUGUAACAGAUUGUUCAGAGUCGAGAUAAACACAUGAAUCAAAGUUUAUUCAGCAGCAACAUGUUUUUUGUUUUUCAAAUCCCUGAGUCACCGGUCCAUCUGUCGGGUUCGGGCUCUGCGGGUGACUCACGAGUGAAGUUUUUCUGCCUGGUCCCGAUUUAUUUUCACCUAUCACCAGACAGUUAAUCAGACCUUUGUCUCCACAGCAGACAGUUUGUGAAAAGGGAAGAUUUGUUUUGGCUCCUCUGGUUUCAAGUAAAAAUCCUGUUUGUGUUUUUAAUAGACGCUAUCAGGUGACUGACAGUUUGAGGUUUUAAAGUCCUGGAUGGACGGGUGAACUCUCGUAGCUGAAUUAUUUGUGCAAAAGAUGAACAGUUGUGUCAGAAAAAUAUCUUAUUCUUUGAUUUAAAAAAUAGUCAAAGGUAUGAGAAGCCUGUCGACAUAAAAACUGAAGGAGAGAUAUCAACUGUAACUGUAAAGUAUAAUAUAAUCUGCAGUUGAAAGGAACUCAUGUAAAAUUCUGGGUCAGUUUCGGCUUCAUUAUCUCAAACACAAGCUCCCUUUUUUAUUUUAUCCGCAGCUUCUAACGGCUGAAAAUUACAUUCUUACGAAUCACUUACGACUGAUUUUGGAAAGUCAAAUUUUCCUCAAAGAAAAGACAGUGGAAAAUAUCUGAGUGCAUUUAGUCAAGAACUGAGUAUUUUCAUGUUACACUACUUUAUACGUCAUUACAUAUCACAGAGAAAUAUUGUACUUUGUGCUCCGCUACAGUUUUUUAGGGAGCUGUAGUUACUUUUCAAAUGUAUUAUUUUACAAACCGAACAUGACGGAUUUAUGAAAACUGAUCCACUGUAACAGAUCAAACUAUAAAACGUAUAUAAAGUAGUUAAAAUUAGUUCGUCAACAUUAAAGUAUCAGCUGACAUAUUAACACAUCGAUAAUAACGACUCUGCGUUGUGAGUACUUUUACUUUUGAUACUUUACGUACAUUUUGUUUUAAAUACUUUUGUAGUUUUCAGUGAAAUUUUGAACGCAGGACUUUUACUUGUAAUCGAGUAUUUUCAUAUAGUAGUACUUUUACUUAAGUUAACGAUUUAAAUAUUUAUUCUAUCGUUGUUAAUUAGAACAUUUAACAGUCGGAGACAAAAUGUCGGAGUAUUAACAAGAGGCCGACAGGAGACGAUCGUAUAAAAAGAUGGAACCAAGAGCCAAAAUGGCCGCCACUGCAUAUCUGACAGCGUUCACCAUGGUAACGCCUCAGCUUCCUGCUGAUUGGCUGAGAAUCCUGGCUUUCUAACCUGCGUGUGAAACCCUCCUCCUCCUGAUACUCACCUGGUUAUAAUGGUUUUAUGGUUACCUUCCUCCUCCUCCUCUUCCUCUCUAGCUUCCUCUUUUUACAGUAUGUUUGUAGUUUCUUCUGGAGUGAGUGGUGUGUGUACUUGUAGUUUUUUUCUUCCCUUUUCUAAAAACUGAAGAGCACACAAACGACAACCGAUGAGCUCUGCAACGCAACAGAUUGUAAUCUUUAUAAUAAAUUGUCAUUUAUU